ACCCAGCGGGAACCCAACCCAUUUCCAGCCAGAUCCUAAGCCCUCGGUAGCCGAGGUGGGAACCAGACCCUCCCCGCCUGCCUCGCGCCCACAGCCAGCAGCAGGUGCGACAGUCCAGCUACACCGUCCCGGAGCCGGCUCCUGUUCGAGAUGGCUUCAGUAACUGAGGGUAAAGCUGGAGUCAAAGAUGCCUCUGACCAGAAUUUUGACUACAUGUUCAAACUUCUCAUCAUUGGCAACAGCAGCGUUGGUAAGACCUCCUUCCUCUUCCGCUAUGCUGACGACACCUUCACCCCGGCCUUCGUCAGCACCGUGGGCAUCGACUUCAAAGUGAAGACAGUCUACCGCCACGAGAAGCGUGUGAAGCUGCAGAUAUGGGAUACAGCUGGGCAAGAGCGAUACAGGACCAUCACCACAGCCUAUUACCGUGGGGCCAUGGGCUUCAUUCUGAUGUAUGACAUCACCAACGAGGAAUCCUUCAACGCCGUCCAGGACUGGGCUACUCAGAUUAAGACCUACUCCUGGGACAACGCCCAGGUGAUUCUGGUGGGAAACAAGUGUGACAUGGAAGAAGAAAGGGUAGUCCCCACCGAGAAGGGCCGGCUCCUCGCAGAGCAGCUUGGGUUUGACUUCUUUGAAGCCAGUGCCAAGGAGAACAUCAGCGUGAGGCAGGCCUUCGAGCGUCUGGUGGAUGCCAUUUGUGAUAAGAUGUCGGACUCGCUGGACACAGACCCCUCCGUGCUGGGCGCUUCCAAGACCACCCGUCUCUCAGACACCCCGCCACUGCUACAGCAAAGCUGCUCCUGCUAGGCCAGACCCACCCUCCCGCCGCCCCGUGUCGUGCCCACGUGUGAUCUGCUUUCCUCUGUAGCUCACCGUCCACUCCCCAGCCCCCGCAAGCUGAGCUCUCUCCCAGCACCUGUGGCUCUCCGAAGAUGGCCCCAAUUACAGACUCUAACGGUGCCGGGGUUACCGCUUGGGUGAAGAUUUCUUUUACAAAAGAAAACUCCCUUUUAUGAAGGAGGUUCCCUCUAGAGAUUUGGAAAGAAUCUUUUCUGCCCUUAAAAUAAAAUUUCCUUCACUUACCAAGCUAUCCCUCCCCGCCCCUCCCCCCACAUGUCAGGGGCUGGCCGGGGUGUGUGAUGGGACCCACCUGCACAGCUAAUCCUAUUAAAGAAAAUAUCUCGAA